UGUGGAGAGAAUUUUUUUUCCUAAAUUAAUCAUAUAUAUUUGUUUCAUGAAAAUUUCUCUCCAUUUAAUGAGGUAACUCCAGAUAUACUUCCAGUCCCCCACCCCGCCCCCGUUUAUACUGACUCAUCUCCAGCAAGAUGGCUUCUAGAAGGUUGUUUCAAAUCGCGCGUGGAUUAUGUGGCUUGCGAUCAGCGCAGUCAACUCGUCCAUCCGAUCUUGCUCGAACGUACUGCUCAGCGUCAAGAACAUUUGAAAUGAUCAAGGCAGAGAAAAGGGGGGAGAAGCAAAACGUGGGCUUCAUCCAGCUCAACCGACCCAAAGCAUUAAAUGCACUCUGCGAUCAGCUGAUGUCAGAGUUGCAGGAUGCCCUUGAUGACUUUGAAACUGACAAAAAUGUUGGUGCCAUUGUGAUCACAGGAAGUGAGAAAGCUUUUGCUGCUGGAGCUGAUAUUAAAGAGAUGCAGAAUUUAACAUAUCAGAAGUGCCUGUUGGGAGAUUUUCUCGGUCACUGGACUCGAGUGGCUUGUUGUAAGAAGCCUGUCAUUGCUGCAGUCAAUGGAUUUGCGCUUGGAGGAGGCUGUGAAUUAGCCAUGAUGUGUGAUAUCAUUUAUGCUGGAAACAAAGCCAAGUUUGGUCAACCAGAGAUUUUGCUUGGAACUCUUCCAGGUGCUGGUGGUACACAGCGACUCCCAAGUGCUGUUGGGAAGUCUCUCGCUAUGGAAAUGAUACUAACUGGAGAUCCCAUUUCAGCAGAUGAUGCACAGAAAUCAGGCCUGGUUAGUAAAGUCUUCCCUGCAGACGAGCUUGUAGAUGAAGCCAUCAAGACGGCUGCUAAAAUGUCAUCCUUGUCGAAGAUCGCUGUACAGAUCGCCAAAGAAGCUGUCAACACAGGUUACGAGAUGUCACUGGCAGAGGGACUACAUUUUGAGAAAAGAAUGUUUCACUCAACUUUUUCAACAGACGAUCGAAAGGAAGGGAUGACAGCAUUUGUGGAGAAACGAAAAGCCGACUUUACGGACAGUUCACGGUCUGUUAGUUUUCGGGGAAAUCGUAGCUUGCGAGAACUGUGGAAUGUUGGGGGGGGGGAAGUUUAGACAGGUGAAAGAAUAGUAACAGCUUAUGCACAGUGACAUGUGAAGCGCAACGAAAAUAUUUAGCGUGAAUUUUCUAAAAAAAAACAAAAAGACGAUAUUAAAUAAAAUUGAACGAAAAAAUAAAAUAAAUAAAGUGGUAUCAUGGUCAUUUUUAGUUCGUUCGCUCAUGUAAUACACGGAUACCGCGGAGUACGGGAAGAGGAUAAUUAAGUGACGCACUCUAAUUGAGAGCUCUCCAGUAAUUAUUAACCCAAUGCAAACCAAGUUUUUUGGUAGUCAUUCUAUUUUUGAGUUUGAAUGUAGCACAAAACAUUUAAUGACUUGCCCCACAGAAAACAGUACUUUUUGUUUCCUCUCAGUGCUGAAUGGAAAGAAAACUCACUAUUCCGCCAGGGGUCUUUCGUUAAGUGCUUAUCAUCUUAAACGUGUUAGGUUAAUAAAAGAUGAAACAUUU